GGACCCGCGCACCUGCCGCGGCGGGCAGGGGCUGCUAUCCGCCUACCCCUUAAGGGAGCAGGCCCCCUGGCCCUCCCCCGUCGGGCUCAGGUGACACCGGCCCCGGCGGCUCCCGGGGCCGCAGCGGAGCUUCCUGCUUCCCAGAAGGUGCCGGAGCGACUGCAACAGGAACUGAGAGACGGGGGGAGGAGGCGGUGCCGCCGCCCCGCUUCAGUCGCGGCCCGAGCCGGGGGAGCGGAGCGGAGCAGCCAUGGGCCACCGCCCGCCGCCGCCGCGCUGAGCCGCCCCCGGCACCGACGGCAGAGGGGCCGGCGCCGCCCGCUCGCCCCUGCCGGGCGGGGCGCUUCUCGCCGCGGGGCGCUGGAGCAGCCGCGGGGGCCCGCGAUGUAACCAUGGACAGCAGGUUCAAGGAAAAUCCAGAACGUACCUUUGAUUUGGUACUGAAAGUAAAAUGCCAGGCAUCUGAAAAUGAAGAUCCAGUGGUACUGUGGAAGUUCCCGGAGGACUUUGGAGACCAGGAAGUGCUGAACAGCAUUCCAAAGUUCUGCUUUCCUUUCGACGUUGAAAGGGUGUCCCAAAACCAAGUAGGACAGCAUUUUACCUUUGUGCUCACCGACAUUGAAAGUAAACAGCGGUUUGGAUUUUGUCGUUUGACAUCAGGUGGCAAGGUCUGCCUCUGUAUUCUAAGUUACCUGCCAUGGUUUGAGGUAUACUACAAGCUCCUAAAUACCCUCGCAGAUUACUUGGCUAAAGAACAGGAAAAUGACUCAAAUGAUUUGUUGAAAUCAUUGUAUAGCCAUCCUGUGCCAAAGGCGAAUGCUUUAGUCAGUUUAAGUGUGAACCAAGAGAUGAUUUUUGCAAGUGAGCAAGAUUUGAAAAAACAUCCUUGUCUUGUAUUGCACUCGUAUUUCAUUACUCCUGAUAUAACUGGAUUGCCAACAAUCCCUGAAAGCAGAAACCUCACUGAAUAUUUUGUUGCUGUGGAUGUGAACAACAUGCUGCAACUUUAUGCCAGUAUGUUGCAUGAGAGACGAAUCAUUAUUACCUCUAGCAAACUAAGCACUUUAACUGCUUGUGUUCAUGCGUCAGCUGCAUUGUUGUAUCCAAUGUAUUGGCAACACAUUUACAUCCCAGUGCUUCCUCCACAUCUUCUGGACUACUGCUGUGCACCAAUGCCUUAUCUAAUUGGCAUUCACUUAAGCUUAAUAGAGAGAGUGAAAAACAGAUCACUGGAGGAUGUGGUUUUGCUAAAUGUUGACACAAACACUCUAGAAACCCCUUUUAAUGACCUGAACAACCUACCUGGUGAAGUGGUCUCGGCCUUGAAAAAUAAACUGAAAAAGCAGUCUACAGCUACGGGUCAUGGAGUAGCCAAGGCCUUUCUUCGGGCACAGGCAGCACUGUUUGGAUCCUACAGAGAUGCACUAAGAUACAAACCAGGAGAACCUGUAACAUUCUGUGAGAAUAGUUUUGUGAAGCAUCGUUCCAGUACUACUAAGCAGUUCCUGGAAACUGCUGUUAAUCUUCAACUGUUUAAACAGUUUAUUGAUGGUCGGCUAUCAAAAUUAAAUGCAGGAAGAGGAUUCUCGGAUGUUUUUGAAGAAGAAAUCACAGCAGGAGGCUUUGGUGGAGGAAAUUCAAGAUCUUAUCAGCAGUGGAUGCACACAGUGAAGAAAGGCGGUGCACUGAUCAACACAGCAAUGACCAAAGCCACUCCGGCUGUGAAAACAGCAUAUAAAUUCGCAAAAUACCAGGCAAGGCAAGGAAUAAAAGAAGUGAAGAGUAAGUUAAAACACAAGGAGAGUGAGGAAGAGUACGGAACUUGCAGUGCUGGUGCAGUACGGACUGCUCCCGUCUACACACUGCAUUGUGAGAAAAGAGCAAACUCUGAAAAACGAAGGCUGGCACAGACUCGUUUCAAUCAGCGUCUCAGUAAUCAGGAUUUUGCCUUGGAUGAAGAUGAUGAAAUGGAGAGAAUAAGCAAAUUAUCAUCAGAAGACAGUGAAGAAGCUUCUGCUUACUUUUAUGAUAGCGAUGAUUCUGGUGAAACUGGAAUAACUCCUCAGCAUCAAGGAGAAAUGGACUUGCUUGGGGAGAUUUUGGACACGCUGAGCACACACAGUUCAGAUCAAGGAAAGCUCUCAGGAGCAAAGAGCCUGGAUUUCUUUAGGUCAAUGGAUGACAUUGAUUACAAGACUGCGAACAAAUCAAAUGCACCUAGUGAGAGCAACCUUACUCUGCUCUGCAGCAAUGCUGAUGAUCAAACAGAGUGGAACCUUGGGCAGGAUGACAGCAUCCUCCAUGGGAAGCAGCUCCCUCCAUCACCAAGGAAGCAAGUGUUUUCUGGUGGCCGUAGAGAAUCUCUCUCAAGGCUGGAAGAAGAAAGUAGUGAGAAAACCUGUAUUACUGACAAGAUGGACACCACUAGUAUGACAUCCCUGUCUCCAGUACGAUCAAGUGCCCAGUUUACUUCUCUAGAAAGUUUCAAACCAGGCUAUUCUUCCUGUAGGUAUGCAAAGCAGAACGAAACACUAAGCAAUACCUCAGAAGAUCAGCACCCAGCAAGUCUUGCUCAACAUCCAUCCAUUCUGGUCCCCUGGGAAAAAGAGGGGAAGAAAGGAAAUGAAACUCCGGAAGAGGGUGGGCUUCUUCAAGAAGUGGUGUCGUUAUGUAAACUGAGUUCUGCUUUUCACUAUGGUUUAAAUAUUUCAAAGGAUAGCUUAUCCAGCACUAGCAGUGGAAAUAAAACGUAAGAAA